AUGGCGAAAAAACAUCCAGUGACCCCUCACAUUUCGGGUCCCCCGAUCCCCGAUUUCGUCGACGCCAUUACAACCUACGAAUCCUGCCUGGGUCACGGUACAUUUGGGGUCGUUCUUAAAACAAAAAUAGCCACAGAUUUUUACGCCGUAAAAUUUAUCCUUCUCAAUCAAACCUUACUUGACGAAGGGACUCGUCGCGAGUUCGAUAUUCCUAAUUCACUCGAGAAACAUGAAAAUGUCGUAAAUAAUCAUAACUUCUUGGAAAAGAAAGUCCUGUCGGUUUCUCAGGUGGCAAAAAUCAUCCAAUUAUCGCCGCCCCUCUACAUCGAAGCCAGAUAUAAGGAACAACUCCUCAAAGGGGCACCCAUCGAGUGGACUUGCAUACAAAUGAAGCUCUGUGGACGAAGCUUGCGCCAUUGGUUGGACGAUCUUAAACCCCCAAAAGACUCCAUUUUUACCCAAAUGAAGCAAGCCGUGAUCGUCGAAAGUUUGAUGAACGGCCUAAAAUUUCUCCACGAUCGAAACGUUAUUCAUCGAGACCUUAAACCAGAAAAUAUUAUGUUCACCAACUUCGAGUACGAGCUCCCCGUAAAAAUCGGUGAUUUCGGCCUGGCAAGAUGGAUCCGGCCGGAAGAUGGUAGCGAGCUCACAAGCCGAGUGGGAACGAGAUGUUACAUGGCGCCGGAAGUACUAGAUGGAAAGUACUCGUACCAAGCCACAUUGUCCAAAAUGGCCAGAUUUGAGGAAAAAAGUCCCCGAGCACUUUUCUCCUAA